CGAGGCGUAGUUUUUAAUUUGCUGAUAAAAGUGUCAACCAAAUGGCCCUGGUAGAUCAUGACUCAUGGGACAUCGAGUACGAGGGCUGCGAAAGACUGCGCCACCAGUUGCUAGUGCAACUGCAUCAACGCCAGCAGCUGGGGCAGCCCAAGGAGAAGGAGUACAUCCAACUCACAGAUAGCAUAAAAACGGGACUGGAGCAGUUGGGUAAAGAUGUGAAACAUCUCAAGGUAGUACUAGACAAUGCCAUCACAUGGGAGACUAGCCCUCAGGAGGAGCUGCAGCAGCGGCGUAUAGAUUGGGAUAAGCUAACCUCGCAGCUGCGCGAGAUUAAUCAGAAGUUUACGAACAGCACGCGCUCCAAUGUGCUGGCCGCGUUUUCAGGCUCCGCCUGGCAGGAGCAGGUCAGGCCGCCCGCCCCCCGAGAAACACCCAUUGAUGUAGAGACGCUAAAGCUGAGGCAGGCCGAAAUGCUGGAAGAUCAGAAUCGUGGCCUCGAAGCGCUCUCGGCCACUAUUUCCCGACAACGCAGUCUGGCCACCCAGCUGGGCAACGAAGUGGAAGAUCAGAAUAAUAUUCUCGAUAACCUGGCCAAUGCAAUGGAUCGUGUGGAGACGGGAGUGCACCGGGAGACGCACAGCAUUGGGCAAGUGAAUCGACGGGACAGCACUUGGGGCUACUGGCUGGUCAUCAUUGCUCUGUUUGUGGCCAUUCUGGUGGUGGUGUUUGUGUAGUUACCCAAUUCCCAUUGUUAAACGUAUUCUAUGUUAUAUUAUGUCGAAUUUUUUGUACACCUAUAUCAAUGUUUCCGACGAUCCCUUUAGUGUGCAAAUGGUUCCAGUACGAGUAUUUAUACGAACAUUAAACUACUACCUAUAAGAGAAAGA